AUGCAAAUGGUCAAGGAUGUUCUAGCCAACAGUGAUAAAGUUUCAGAGGUCCUACAAGAGUCUACUCAUCAGUUCAACCUGCUUACUUCACCCACCUUCCUACCAAAGGUCAAGGAUCAAGGGAAAUUCACUCUCCCUUGCACACUUGGGCAUCUUGAGAUUGACAAUGCCUUAGUGGAUUCUGGAGCAAGCAUCAAUCUGAUCUCUCUCUCCAUGGCAGAGAAGCUAGGCAUAGCUGGAGCCUUGCAGCGCCCUACUACUUCAAUCAUCUUUGGAGAUGCAACUACUAAGUCUCCUCUUGGAGUGUUCAAGAACUAUCACUUGAAAAUUGGAGAAUGCAUCAUCCAAACUGAUCUCACUGUGAUGGAAAUGGAAGAAGAGAAGGAUUUGCCUUUUAUUGGGAACCCCUUUCCUUAUACCAAUCUCAGUUCUAAGAGUCAUGGAGCUACAAAGGUUGUGAAGGAAAGGGUUGACAAGGAACCAAGAGUUGGGAAGGAUAAGGAUGAGAGAGGACCAAGGAUUGAGAAGCCACGUCUUGAGAGGGCUAGAGUUGAGAAACCACGAUCUGAUAGGCCAAGAGCUGAGCGACUUGUUCAAGCCCCUUGUGUGCUUGAUGAAGAGAGCCUUCAAGCUUUGUUUGAUGAGCCACUAGGAAGGGCUCUAAAAGAAGGGGAGGAUGCAGCCUCUAAGGCAAGACCAGGGAUAAAAGAAAGGAUCCACCAGCUCAGGCCCCUUCAGUCAAGCCAUCUCAGCUCACAAUGA